AUGACAGAUACUGAAAGUCCAAAGCCUGCAGAACCUCGUCUUUCAGCAAGUCUCGUUCUGGUCAACAGCCGCAACGAAAUACUACUUGUCCAGCGCAACCCACAGGCAACGUCAUUCGCUGGCUUACACGUUUUUCCUGGCGGAAAUUUUGAUGCCAAGCAGGAUACGUCCCUAGGAUUGACUGCUAUCAGAGAAACCUUUGAAGAAGCGGGAUUGCUGCUAGCUUUGUCGGAUACUCCGAGCACAUUACUCGAUGUCGACUUUACUCAGGCUAGAGAAGCUGUUCAUGGAGGACAAACGUCAUUUUCGACAUUUCUCACAAACAACAACCUAAGAGCCGACGUAGACGCUCUGUUGCCGUUCACUACAUGGGUGACACCACCGACGGUAGCUAGCAGACGAUUCCGCACGGAGUUUUUUGUCGCGUUCCUCAAGGAUUCUACAUCGGAUGGAUUGUCUUCCGGCAGAGAAGAACACCUUCCGACUCCUGAUGGGGGACAAGAAGUCAUCCGAACGCGAUUUUUGCGGCCAGAGUCGGCUCUAGAUGAGUUUAGAACUGGGAAAAUUAGCCUUUUCCCACCGCAGUACUAUAUACUGGAAACGCUUCGCCCAAUCCUUAGUGGAUCGACCAGUACCGAGAGCCAGAGAAAUGCAGUUCUCAUGUUGUCCAGGGCUGCAUUCGGGCGAAUGGUGAUCAAUCCAAAGUCGUUCCGUGUUAACGACGGAGUAGAUGAAGCAUUCGUAUACGAGGGCGAUGAAUUGAGAGGUGGUCCAAAGGGCCGCCAUCACCGCAUGGUGGUGAAGCGGAAAGGCGCGCCAUUCUCUCAGAUGAAUUUGGAACGCAACUUCGACUUGUUCACUCAAUGCCCGGUCGAAGCUCAUAUACCUAAACUUUAA